CCGUCGUGUUGAGGAACAUGUCGAUAAGAGUGCUACGAGGGAGAGGGAAGCGCCUUCUCAAAGAAACAACAUUCCAGAUGAGCAAGAAAAUUCUGUUGCUGGAGAAUCAAUCGACCAAGAUCAUUCCAUUCAAAGUCCAGAGGAAGAGAUGGCAAGACCAGGACCAUCCUGGGCAUCGGAUAAUCUACCCUGGGCACCGGAUAAUCUAUCCUCGGCGAUGCCAAAGGAUCAAGAAUCUGAAGAUACAGAAGAAUCCAGUGAGACAGAAGAGGAAGCAACAUCCAGGGGUUUGUCAAAAUCACAACAGUCUAGGCCACCUGAUUAUCUCCGUUGGGUUUAUUUAAAUGCUGAAGAAUCGAUCGAUGUUGACGAUUCAAUCAUAACUCCACCAGAAGAAGCGGCAAGACAAGGACCUUCCUGGGCACCGGAUAAUCUAUCCUCGGCGAUGUCAGUUAAAGAAUCAAGCGAUGAUUCGGAUUCGGAGGAAGAUGCUAUUGCGACUCCGAGUCCGACUCCGACUCCUCCAAGGCAACGUGUUAGUCCCCGCUCAUUGGUUUCAAGCUGA